AUGAGUGGAGGAUUGUAUGGUGGAGGUAAGAAAUUCUGUUUUAUCUUAUAUUAUUCAUGAGGUUCUAGUGAAUGACUAAAAUUUUUAAGUGUUACCUAAAAAACAUGGGGGUUUAUGCUGAAUUUCUACUUUUUAAAGGUCAUGGAAGAUUUUCCUGCCCAAUUUAGACGUUUUUCUCAAGUAUUUUUGGGUUUAUAUUGCUUUACAUUGAUCAGGACUAAGUAUCAAGAAUAAGGUAAUUUUUGGUCUUUUUAGAUGAUGUUGGUGCUAUUGUCUUUGACGUUGGCUCACACACACUCAGAUGCGGCUAUGGAGGAGAGGAAUUCCCGAAGGUAGGUUUUUUUCUUAUAUGUUUUCCAUAUUUUAGGUAAUGAACAAUGUGAAUAUUGGAUUUCUCCUUUCAGAUUGUGAUUCCAUCUGUUGUUGGCGUCAGAAAUAGAAAGGAUGCUGGGAAUGUUACUGAGAGGACGGACGAGAGCAUGGAAGUGGACAAUGAGGCCAAACCAGCACCUAAAAAGGAUUAUUUCCUUGGCACACAGACGGUGAAUGUUCCUAGAGCCGACACGGAGAUCAAACCUUUCAUGAAGGAUUGUCAAAUUGAGGAUUGGGAGCUGUUCGAGCAGAUGCUAGAUUAUGUGUACAAUGGUUGUCUUAAGACGGAGAGCAAGAACCACGGGACUUUGUUUUCCGAGGCACCUGUAAGUUGUUUUACUUUUGGUUUUGUUGAAUUUUAGGACACAAAGGGGACAUGUUUUGAUGUUUCUAGACGAAGACUAUUAUAUAAUACAACUUUUUAAAGGCAUUUUGACUAGAAGGACAGCCAAAAUUCAUUCGUUUUGUCAAAUAUUAUACUUGACAUCAACUGAAAUUUGAUUUUAGUGGAAUCAGAAAGAUAAACGGGAAAAACUGGCCGAAUUGAUGUUUGAAAAGUAUGGAGUCCCUUCCUUCUACUUGGUGAAGAACGCUGUGCUGACGACAUUCGCUGCAGGGCGCACUGCUGGCUUGGUUUUGGACAGUGGUGCCACCUACACCUCGGCGUGCCCAGUCUAUGAAGGUUAUCCUCUGUUAAAUGGUAUGAAUGGUUUCAAUAUAUAGUUUAGGACGAGUAAUGUUUUUUUAGGGUGGUUUUGGAAGGGCAUGGCUUUUGUUUGACACUUUCCCGAUAUUAUUUUAGACAAUAAUUGAAGAAAAUUUCAAAAAAGAUCCAAUUUUUAUAUCGCAAAUUAAGAUUUGUUCCAAAAUAUCUUUAUUUUAGCCGUCGUCAAGUCCCCAGUGGGCGGAGACAUGAUCGUCGACCAAUGCCAACGAGUCCUGGCCAAGCAAGGAAUCGAAUUGGUCCCCUACUUCAAGAUCAAGUCCAAAAAAGAAGUGGACGAUGGGAAAAGACCGGUCUGGACGGCCAAGAAAUUACCUCCAGUCACCGAAAGUUACGAUAAUUUUAUGAAAAAGGUAAGAUUUUUUUUUCAUUUUUUUGUUUGAUUUUUAGGUAACAAAUCAAAUGAAAUCUUGGAAUAAAAACUGAAAAUUUUCAGCAAUUGGUCGAAGACUUUGCCCAUUCAACACUCCAACUGUGCGACACACCCGUUGACAUUGAAUUCAUGGACAAACUUCCCGCCUCGUCGUACGGAUUUCCAUGUGGAUUCAGGAAGGACUUCCUCGCGGAACGCGCCAAAAUCCCCGAAAGUUUGUUUGAUCUGAAGUAUCUGGAAGGACAUGAUGAAGUCAAGGAGAGCUUACUGGACGUUUCUCAAGUCGCUCACACCUCCUGUGGCAUGUGUGAUAUUGAUGUCCGACCGGUAAGGAGAAUAUAAAAUUUGUGGAUUUUUUGAGAAAAUUUAAUGUAUAUAGGUAGAAUAUGGUGUGAAAAGAAUGUUUAUUACGAUUUAAGGGUGUCAUUUGGAUAAAUAAUUUAUCGACCAGUCGAUUUUUAAAUUUUUGAAAAUUUGGGUUUUUUUAAUUUUUUGAUGGUUUAGUCGAUUUACCUUGAUAUUUUCAGCAUUUGUACGGUAAUUUGUUGGUCACCGGAGGCAACUCGCUGAUCAUGGGCUUCACGGAACGUCUGAACCACGACCUCGCCCAAAAAUGCAACUCCACGGUGAAACUCCGUGUCCCACAGUCCCAGCCGAACGAACGCAAAUACGGAGCAUGGAUUGGAGGCUCCAUUGUCGCAUCGCUCGGCACAUUCCAACAGCUUUGGAUCUCCAAAGUGGAGUAUGAAGAGACCGGGAAGGUGAUUGUGGAAAGGAGAUGUGCCUAA